CGUCAGAUCAGAUAAGACAGACCUGCCCACUCUGUCGCCCGCAAACGCCAUGCAUCAGACUUGUGUGUUGCCGGCAUGGUGCUCCCCGAGUUCAUCGCCCUCAGGUCGUCCUCGCGCAGCCAGCCACUCCGACAAAAAACGACUCGACGCCAUGGCAGCGACGGCGGCGGCCAUCCCAGCCCGUCCAUGCAUUGCCCUUCGACGACGACGCAUCUACAGGACCCACUGCUUGGCUACCAUGGCGUCAAGUCCUCAGCCUCAACAAGCACAGCGUGCAGCCGUGCUCGCCAUUGGCACAGCCAACCCGUCGAACUGCGUGCCACAGGACGAGUACGUCGACUGGUACUUCCGCGUCACCAAGAGCGACCACCUCACAAAGCUCAAGGCCAAGAUGAAGAGGAUAUGUGCGAUCUUGAUGUUCUUUCUUUUACCCGUCUCGUUCUUCAGAAAUCUUGGAAACAUUGUUGUAGUAAUUUCGUCGAGAUCACAGGUUACAACUCGGGCAUCAAGCAGCGGUACUUCUACCACACGGAGGACACGAUCCGUGAUCACCCGGAGUUCAUCGACAGCGCGCUGCCCUCGCUCGGCGCCCGGCAGGCCAUCCUGGCGUCCGCGGUGCCGGAGCUCACCGCGGCCGCGGCGACCAGGGCCAUCGCCGAGUGGGGCCGCCCGGCGGGCGACGUCACCCACCUCGUCUUCGCCACCAGCUCGGACGCGCACAUGCCCGGCGCGGACCUCCGGCUGGCGUCGCUGCUCGGCCUCCGCAGCUCCGUGCAGCGGACGAUGGUCUACUUCCACGGCUGCUCCUCGGGCUCCGCCGCGCUCCGCGUCGCCAAGGACAUCGCCGAGAACAACCGCAGCGCGCGCGUGCUCGUGGCCUGCGCCGAGCUCACCGUCAACUUCUUCCGCGAGGCGCAUGAGGACCGCCCCGAGACGCUCAUCAUGCAAUCGCUGUUCGGCGACGGCGCGGGGGCCGUCAUCCUCGGCGCCGUCGCCACCGGCGGCCGGCCUGCUGAUAGCGUCGUCGAGCGCCCGCUUUUCGAGCUGGUGUCCGCCUCGCAGACAUUGAUACCGGACACCGAGGACGCCGCCGCGGGGCAGCUCGCCGACGGCGGCCUGGUGUUCCGGCCAUCGCCUAGGAUGCCGGGUCUGCUGCGGCAGCUCAUCGAGCAGUACCUGGUCGAGGCGGUAGCGCCUCUCGGCCUGGGCGGCAGAUGGAACGACCUCUUCUGGGCGGUGCACCCCGGCGGGCCGGCGAUCCUUGACAGCGUCGAGGCCGCGCUGGCGCUGGCGCCCGGGAAGCUGGCGGCGAGCAGGCGCGUGCUGCGCGAGUACGGGAACAUGUCGGGCGUCUCGGUUAUCUUCGUGCUGGACGAGCUCCGGCGCCGGCGUGGCGAGCUGGCCGGAGGCUUUGGGGUCAUGCUGGGGCUUGGUCCGGGGUUCACCGUCGAGACAAUGGUGCUGCGUGCGGCUAGUGGCGCAAAGAGAAAGGCUCCCUGAGGAGGUCGCC